AUGAACGAUAAACAAACUAAUGGACAUGCAUCAUUACAAAAUGGUAGUGAAGAAGAUUUUGAAUUUAUGAACGAACUACCAAAAGAAGAUCCGGUUAUCAUCGAACGUCGCCGUGUUCGUAAUAAUGAAAUAACAAAGAAGCUUGGCGCUUAUUUACUCAAAGGUUAUUGUAUGCUGAGUGAUGCGUGUCCAGAAUGUGAUUGCAUUCUUCUUCGUACACCAGAUCGUACUUUACUUUGCGUUGGGUGUUCUGAAGUUGACGCUCAAAAUGCAUCAAAUAAUAAAGAAACAGCAGCAGCAACAACAACAACAACAACAGCAGAAAAUGAACAGCGUUUAACAUCGGCUCAAUCAUUCAAUAAGAAUAAAGAUCGUGUAAAACGUUCAAAAAAACGUAGUAAAAAAGCAUCGACAUCCUAUGAAGGUGAUGAUGGAUCGAAUGACAAUAAAAACUAUUCAAUUCAUUUGGAAAAUAAAUUGAAAUGGGCUGUUGAUGAACUUUCAAAAUCUCAAAGCCCGAGUCGUAUUAAUGCUAUGUGUACAGUUAUCGUCAAAUUAACAGAAUCAAUCAAAGCACUCAAAGAAUACGAAAUAACAUCUGCACAAAAUUGA